UGCGCAUCGCAUCAUAUUGCAACAAGCMCUGACCAACGCUAGCUUGCCUCACAUCGCGGUUGCCGAUAUUCGCAUCGGCCUUCGCCUCUGUAUUGACAGGGGUUGCCACAAGCAGAUUACCAAGAACAGCAACAGCGCACACUGGAUUGUUUGCAAUGCCCGAGGCGCUGCGCAUACCGAUGGGGAGAACGCCUGCGAUGCCGAUGAUGCCGAUGCUUCUUGUGCUUCUGUCGUUCCUGUUCGCAACGGCGGUGGGGCUUGCGGUUCCGGGRACCACCGGUGGGCCCCCCGCGUGGGGACCGGCUUUCCCACGGGCCUUCCUCCCUGGCAGRGCCUCGUGUUCGCACCGCGGGGGCCGGAGCCGCGGUGGAUCCCUUCCACUCCCGAGGGAACCCGYUCGCCGCCUCCGGAACGGGACGGGCUUUCGUUCGGCGCAAGGCACCGGAGACGGGGACCGGUCCGCUCGCCCGGACGACGACGCCCACGGCGGGAGGUUCGUGGUGCUCCUGGAGGACUACGGGAGCGCUGCGGGGCCCUACUUUUACGCCCUCUUCGACCAGAUGCACGAGCAGUGCUUGGCCGGGCAACCGGAAACAGCUCCAAGGGUUCUGGUUUGCACCACGCGGAGGGACCUGGAGGAACUCGCCGGGGAACCCAGCGGGGGCAAGAACACCAACGGCGGCGGCGGCGACAACGGUGGCCCGGACGUUGCGGCCCGCCGCUGGCUGGAAGACCUGCGGUCCUCCCUCGCACUCGAGAACGAUCCGGAGCUCUUUGUUCUGGACGACUGGAACCCGUGGCUCCUGGAGCAGCGGUUCUCGCCGGCCCGGGAACCCGGAAGGGAAAGCCCGGACCAAGACGCCGCCGCGGGCAACGCCGAAAGCCCCUCCGAUCCCCCGACCGUCGUCUGGCUCCGCGGGACCUCCAACGCCUUUGCGACGCGGCACCUCCUGCGGACGAGCGGUUUCGACGCCCUCCUCCGGGCGUGGUGCGGCCCGGGGGCCGGGGRGCCCUGCGCCCUCCUGGUCGGGGAGGGGACCGGGGCGGCCUGCGCCGGCGAGACCAUGGCCGCGGCCCGCGUCCGGGGCGACGACCCCUCGGGAGCCCCCGAGCUCCAGGCCUCCGGCCUGGGGCUGGUCGGGGACGCCGCCGCGGAGGCCGCCGUUUCCACCGGGAGAAACGAUCCCGGGGCCUGCCUCGUCUGGGCGCAGGUCCCGGCGGGGGGAAGGGCGCCCACGGAGGAGGCUCCCACCGAUGCGGGUGCCGCCACGAGCUUUGUCUUCCGGCCGGCCCAGAGGGGAUCCAUCGAGGGGUACGACCCGGAACGGGAGCCCCUCCCCCCCCUGGCCGCUCCGGACGGCGAGGGGGUGGCCUGCACCGGGGAGCCCUCCGUCGAUCCCUCCCGGGCGGCGCAGGCCGGGGGGAUCGGGGACUCGGAGUGGUGGGAGUGAGCGAGCGAGCGUGCCGCGGGAGUGGCGCGGAGCAUCGCUCCCRUGGGAWUCCCCGUCGCGRAGCGAAGCGAACCGCUCUUCUGCCGUGCCGUGCUCGCUCCGGUGGAUCCACUCGUCGCACGAGACAAUGCUUAUGCGGGUACAAACCUACCCAGUUGGCGGUAGGGGCGGGGCAUACCGGAUGCACACAGGAGGAACGGAUUGCAGGCUCGUUCUUGUUUUUUCCAAACUGUACUACCAGAUCGAGGACUCGAUACGAGCUCGUGCCACUUCCUGUAUGAAAGGAAAGAGCUCGUGGAGCAAAACACCAAAAAUGGAAGCCGUGGAAAGAAUAUUCUUCCGUUGGAUCCUACUCUGCCAUAUUGGAUCGCAAUGCCGAUCACACCGGUUUUCGAAAAAUUAUUCCCRCAAGAGCGUGCAAGAAAACUCCGAGGAAAUACCGCUUGCUGCGGUGCAACGCACACGGGCGGGCAACUCAACGGAUUCCCGAAUCGAGGAUAUGCGAUGCGAUGCGCUGUUGGCGUUGGUGUUGGUGUUGGAGUUGGAGUGCCACGUUCAAACGAAAGCAAAAAAACAAUCCCACACAAAAUUUCGACCCUUGCCCUCGAAGAAUGCUGGUUUUGCUCCCGGGAGAGGUGGGCAUGGCUAUCCCGGACGGUUGCAGCGAGAGUCCGCUGUCGUCUAAUGUAGAACGCAGCACAAUUCAACCCSAACCCCAACCGGCACAAAACAGAGCCUGCGUUGCAUCCCACACGGCGCRAAGGAUCGAUCUCCGACGGGCAACCAACAAGCGCUUGCUUCGACCGAAACCGCAAACCAUGGCACCGCACACCAUUGCACCUGCCACGGGCUCCGAUUGCUCGGACCUGUCCGUCAUUCCCGAGGAGGAACUGUCGUGUGUCUCUUGUGGUUCGACUGCCUCUGYGCCCGAGGGAUCCGGAACCCUGGCGAGGGGGACCUUCUCCACCRGGGGCGUCCAUUGGGRAAGCCCGCCGGCCCMGAGCGGGUCGAGCGCCUGCGAAAGGGACGAUUCGGURCCCRGCGGAGACCCGGGGCAGACCGCCGCGAAGCUCUUUGAUUUCAAGAAGAARCUCGUCGUCGUCUGGAAGAGGCUCGAAAAGGCGGAGCAGCAGAUCGUCCUCGAACGGCACCGCCGGCGCACCAGCGGUGGAGAAACCGAGGCGGAACCCGGCGGAAUAGAACCAGAAGAACCACCCCGCUGCGUGCCCGUGAAAAUCACCGUGGAAACCAGGGAUGCCCCGGAUCCCGCAAGCGAAGCGGGUCCGGUGGCUCCCGUAGAAGGUGCCCCGGCGUCGGCCGCCUCGGUGGGAGACGAGGGGAUCGAGGUGGCCGACCUGGAACUCGCCGCCAUGUGUUCUAGGAACGAAAGGACUUCCACAGCGGAAAAUGGAAGUAUUGCUCCAACCGGCCGUCGUUCCACCCGUGGGGGACGAGGCGAAUCCGAGGAGAUUGCCUUUGUAGGAGACUUUGGAAUCGAGUUGUUCGAUGCGGUGGGUGAUCCGGAGGCUCCCUCUGCCCAAGACAAUGCAGCAAUCGAUGCUUUGGAAGAGGCCAUGGYCGCAAAGAAAGCAGAAAAUGUAGCAGUUGUUUUGGGACCCGAUGUCCAAGAAAGAGCAGAACGAGCGAAAACUGAGUCCGCGGAAAACGAAAGGAAUAUUUCAUCCGGCGUGUGCUGCCCCUCGAAAAGCGUUGCGAAAACUWCCGUGAGGAAAGACGAAAUGGCCAUUGCUCCCAAUGCGGGCCGUCCUUUGAAAGGAGACGAASUCGCGGAGAGAAAUCCAGUGGAAACCAAAAGGGCCGUCACACCCGCCGUGGUCCGUCCUUUGCAAGAACCCGAAGGGUACGUUGCAUCSGGCUGCAGCCAACGUUUGAGAGACCCCACGCCGAGAGACGCCGUAGAGAUUGCUGCGGCAGAAGGCGGACGAUCAGCGGGUGUUUGGAAGGAUGUUGUGAAUGCACCACCUUUGRAAGGAGCACCUUUGGGAGGAAUCGCCGAUCGCAAGGACGUGCUAGAAAGUCUUUUGGACCACCUCGGCGUGGACAAGAUGUGUGGCCUGGAGGACCCGGAGGGUUUCGACGCUGCUGUUCCGAGAAACGAGAAACAAGAAGGAGGAAGAGCACCAGCUUUUGUCCUUCCCAUCCCCUCKUYCUGUUCAUCCCAAAUGGCUUUGGACAASCAAACCCGCCUAGGCGUCAGAGCCAAGGACCCGGUGCUCAUGACACCGACGCCCUUGGUCGUUGAUUGCCGAUUCCAAAAGGUACACGGUGCGAACGRUGUUUUKGAAAACAAUGCCGUGCUCUGGCGCAAKGAKCGCAGACGGCUGCUCGUCGACAACGGAUUUCCGUUGUUUUCUCAUCUCGAUCCYUUUGAGAACGAAUUUGUGGACGACGGAAACGAUGCCCUGAAAGUCUUUGAACGGAUUGCAAGCAUUUGUGAUCCAGCAGGAUUCGACGCUGACGAGCACDCAGAUAAGACGUAGAACUUUGUGGCAACGAUCCAGUCCAUAGCAUUGCCCAUAUUUCUUCGAAUCUGGAGUACUAGUAAUAGGACUAGGACUCGAAUUACACUCCUUCUGUURGUUGUAAUUUCAUGAAUACCAUCUAUGAAUAAACUGACUACCUCAUC